AACUUGUUAUGGGAAUAAAUAAUUAUUAUCCUUAUUUUUUUUUUUCUAGCAAAUACGGCACAGCAAAAAUGUUUGAUGGUUACAAAGAAAAAACAUACAGAAAAGUUGUUAUCGCUUUUCUCACAGUGACGUUAUUUAAUAUAGUACUGGAUAUUAUAGCGUUUGGGUCAACAGGGUGGAUGGUCAGAAGUGUUCAAGCUUUGAAUAAUACAAAUGAAACCACAAUACGUUAUCAAAGCGGAAUUUUUGUUGCAUGUGGUCCUGACAGCUGCGCAAACAUGGUACUGAACGAAGGUGCUAUGGUAGCUGCUGCCAUGUUGAUUAUGGGGAUGAUUACAAGGUGCUCCUGCUUCAUUCUAGCUCUGUUGACAAUGUUAAAACAGAUUCAAGCAAAUCCACAAACUGCCAAACUCAGUUUCAUUUCAGGUAUUUUCAACGUUAUAACAGUCGGGUGGUUCGGAGCAUAUCUCUUGCAUACACAUGCAUUUGAACAUGGAGUUUCAUUUGGAUACAGCUUCGCACUGACUUGUGUUGUAGCGAUUCUUAGCAUCGGAAUUUCUUUCUUACUUGGUUGGGAGCGUCGCCACGAGUAGUCUUAAUUGAACAAUUGAUGCCAGGUCUAUUGGCGAUGAGUCGUGAUUUACCGUAUGAUUAAUUAAGCCAUCAUAUUAAGAUUAUUUUCCUAAUAUCAUAUGUGACCGUUGAGGUAGAGUCGUGCUUUAAGCUUUAUAGGAAAAUAGAAAUC